AUGAGGAGCAAGCUACUAAGCAGUAUCCUCCAUAGCUUCUGCUUCAGUUCCUGUCUCCAAGUUCCUACUGUCCCCUCUGUGAUCCAGUGUGAUCUGAGAGCUGUAAGCUGGAAUAUACCCUUUCCUCCCUAAGUUGGUUUUGGUCAUGGGGUUUUAUCAAGCAAUGGAAAAGUAACUAAUACAAUAUUUAAUCCUUAAUUUCCUAUCUCUGGACACCAAAGGCUAUAUUGGCCAUCUUACUAAUGGAAAAUACAUUUAGUCGACCUCCAAGAGUCGUGAAUAUCUUAGUCUAGGUUUAAAGUUUCUUCUAACACUCAAUGCAAACUAUUAGCUGUAAUCCCAUUCCAGAGGAAUGGAUGCAGAGAAAGAAAGGAUGGGAUCAAACCAAGACCAAAACUCAGCAGAGCAAGCAUUAAGUUCUGUAGGUCCAUGUUCCUGUAUCCCAAGCACGUUGUGGCGUAAUGUGAGCUCCACUGGGCUUGCACAGCUCACAUGUUCCUCUCUGGGCUUAGCUUGCUGAAUGUAGAUAUUUGAGCAGGUAUCCCCACACUCUGGGCAUCUCUUAACUUCCCAGCUCCUUCAGCUUUUACUCUGUUGGUUUCAAUCGUCCACUCAGGGGCUCUUCACAAUUAUUUUGAUCCUAUGACAUAUUGCUUGGUCUCCAAGAUCUUCCUCUGAAAUCUGGGUGAGCCCAUAGCUUUUUUUUAUUUUGCAUGUAUGCAAAACCAGUAUUAUGUGGAUACCACCAAGGUCUCUUGCCAGCUCAAAAAAAAUAGCUGGCCUCUUGGGUCACCACUACAGUGGCCUGGGUGCCUAGGCAGCUAAAUAUGAAAACAAUCUUGAGGUCACAACUUCCUGGGGGCAGGGAGAGUGUAGGAGCAGGGUGGCCUGACAGUGAGAGCUCUCUUCAUAAUGGAAAGUCUUCCAAGGAAGUUUGCUUUCUUAACUUUCUCCAAGGCAACGUUCAUAGCCUAGUAAGUGAUAAUCUAUUCCACCUCCAUGUCUUCCUUAGUCUCAAAUUUACACCGGCUUUUCUUGCUGUGACCUGUCAAUUUUUUUAUUUACAUAUAAACAGCCUGAUUUUAUUUAAACACUUAGUACUAUUCAUGUGUAGAGGCCCAGAGAACUGGCCCUCUGGGCACUUUAGAAUGAGUAAAACCAAUGAAAGUGGUAUAUGGAAGAGUGGGGUUGUGUACCUGUUUUUAAAGGUGUCUUGAAGGUCAAAGAUGUUUUUUGUCCACCCACUCAUCACUGCACUACCUCCCUCAUUUACACACAGCCUGUCUGCCCAGCUCCUCAGUCCACAUACCGUCUGGCCAACUAACUAAUGGAUCACAAAAGUCUCUCUCCUCAGCUUUUCUGUCUACUCAGUCCCUUCCCCUGGAUCCUCGUAGCCUGCUCCACCAGCUCUCCCUACAUUCCGUCUCCUGGUUACCCAUCCACACAGCCAGUUAGUUACCAGCUCCCCAUGCAGGAAGGCAAUCAUCUUCCAUCUCUGCAACCACGCAUCUCUUGUCCCGGGUUCAUCGGUACACGCCGCCGUUUCUUAGGCUCACUGUCCACAAAACCCCUGCCAGCUCCCACUCCACACAGUCCGUCCCAGGUUCCCCGAGUACGCCGCCAGUUAUCCCAGACUCCUUGUCUAGCAGCCGGUAGUCUCCAGCUCCGGGUUCCAGCAGCCGGAGCCCUAAGGCCCGCCCCGCCUGCCCGCGCUGUGCACUACAACUCCCACGAUGCCGCGCCACCGCCCCCCCGGCUUCCGGUGCUGCGCAGUUUCCGGAGCGGAUCACAACCCGGAGUCCGGAUCCGACCCCGCUCUACACAUUCCACAGGUGUCAGCAAUGGCUGAAGAUGGCAGUGAGGAGAUCAUGUUUAUCUGGUGUGAAGACUGUAGCCAGUACCACGACUCAGAGUGUCCUGAACUGGGACCUGUGGUUAUGGUCAAGGACUCCUUUGUCCUGAGCAGGGCAAGGUCCUCCCUCCCCUCUAACCUGGAGAUCAGACGCCUGGAUGAUGGGGCUGAAGGUGUGUUUGCAGUAACCCAGCUAGUCAAGCGCACACAGUUUGGUCCAUUCGAGUCCAGGAGGGUCGCCAAGUGGGAGAAGGAAUCUGCAUUUCCUCUGAAGGUAUUCCAGAAAGACGGGCAUCCUGUGUGCUUCGACACUUCCAACGAGGAUGACUGCAAUUGGAUGAUGCUGGUGCGGCCAGCACUAGAGCCAGGGCACCAGAACCUGACAGCCUACCAGCAUGGCAGUGAUGUAUAUUUCACCACCUCAAGGGAUAUCCCUGCGGGCACUGAACUUCGUGUGUGGUAUGCUGCCUUUUAUGCCAAGAAGAUGGACAAGCCCAUGCUGAAGCAGGCCUGCUCUAGCAUUCAGGCUUCAGGUACCCCUGAGCCCAGUGUCCCUGCAGAGCCUGAGCGUGGCCAAUGGGUGUGUAAGGUGUGCUCCAGCUCCUUCCUGGAGCUUCAGCUCCUGAACGAGCAUCUCUUGGGCCACCUGGAGCAAGCCAAAAGCCUUCCAGCAGGUGGCCAGCAGCAUGAGGCAGCUUCUGAGAAGGAGCCUGAUGCACCCAGGAGGGAGCCUCCCACAGCAGCUGAGAGCAAGAGCAUCCAGAGUGCUGUGGCCACCAAAGAGCCAAAGAAAAAGCCUCGAAGGGGGAGGAAACCCAAAGCAUCCAAGGUUGAGCAGCCUCUGGUCAUCAUCAAGGACAAGGAGCCUGCAGAGCACGUGGCAGAGAUCAUUACCGAAAUCCCCCCAGACGAGCCUGUGAGUGCAACACCAGACGAACGGAUAAUGGAAUUAGUCUUGGGGAAGCUGUCCACCCCCACAAAUGAAGUCAGCUCAGUGCCAAAGUUCACGCAUCAUCCAGGCAGUACCAUUGCCCUCAAGAGGGGCUUGGUUCUGUCCAGCAGACAUGGUGUCCGGAGGAAGCUCGUUCGGCAGCUGGGUGAGCAUAAACGAAUCCAUCAGUGUGGCACCUGCAGCAAGGUCUUCCAGAACAGCAGCAACCUGAGCCGGCACGUGCGCUCGCACGGUGAGUGCGCGCACGGUGACAAGCUGUUUAAAUGUGAGGAAUGUUCGAAACUGUUCAGCCGUAAGGAAAGUCUAAAGCAACAUGUCUCCUACAAGCACAGCCGGAAUGAGGUGGAUAGUGAGUACCGCUACCGCUGUGGCAGCUGUGGAAAGACCUUCCGCAUGGAGAGUGCGCUGGAGUUUCACAAUUGUAGGACAGAUGACAAGACGUUCCAAUGUGAGAUGUGUUUCAGAUUCUUCUCCACCAACAGCAACCUCUCCAAGCACAAGAAGAAACAUGGGGACAAGAAAUUUGCCUGUGAGGUCUGCAGUAAGAUGUUCUACCGCAAGGAUGUCAUGCUGGACCACCAGAGGCGGCACCUGGAUGGUGUGCGGCGAGUGAAGAGAGAAGACUUGGAGGCCAGUGGGGAAAGCCUGGUUCGUUAUAAGAAAGAACCUUCUGGAUGCCCAGUGUGUGGCAAGGUGUUCUCUUGCCGGAGCAACAUGAACAAGCAUCUGCUGACCCAUGGUGACAAGAAGUACACCUGCGAGAUCUGCGGGCGCAAGUUCUUCCGAGUGGACGUGCUCAGGGACCACAUCCAUGUCCACUUCAAGGACAUCGCACUAAUGGAUGACCACCAGCGGGAAGAGUUCAUCGGCAAGAUUGGGAUCUCCUCAGAGGAGAACGAUGACAACUCUGAUGAGAGUGCAGACUCCGAGCCUCACAAAUACAGCUGCAAGAGGUGCCAGCUCACCUUUGGCCGUGGGAAGGAAUACCUGAAGCACAUCAUGGAGGUGCACAAGGAGAAGGGUCAUGGCUGCAGCAUCUGCCACCGGCGCUUUGCACUCAAGGCCACCUACCAUGCCCACAUGGUCAUCCACCGAGAGAACCUGCCUGAUCCCAACGUGCAGAAGUACAUUCAUCCCUGUGAGAUCUGUGGGCGGAUCUUCAACAGCAUCGGGAACUUGGAGCGCCACAAACUCAUCCACACAGGUGUGAAAAGCCAUGCCUGUGAGCAGUGUGGGAAGUCCUUUGCCAGGAAAGACAUGCUGAAAGAGCACAUGCGUGUGCAUGACAACAUCCGAGAGUACCUGUGUGCCGAGUGCGGGAAAGGCAUGAAGACCAAGCAUGCACUGCGCCACCACAUGAAGCUGCACAAGGGCAUCAAGGAGUAUGAGUGCAAAGAAUGCCACCGCAAGUUUGCCCAGAAGGUCAACAUGCUCAAGCACUACAAGCGGCACACAGGAAUAAAAGACUUCAUGUGCGAAUUGUGUGGGAAGACAUUCAGCGAGAGGAACACAAUGGAGACCCACAAGCUCAUCCACACAGUGGGCAAGCAGUGGACUUGUUCCGUGUGUGACAAGAAGUACGUCACGGAGUACAUGCUGCAGAAACAUGUCCAGCUCACCCAUGACAAGGUGGAAGCACAGAGCUGCCAGCUAUGUGGCACCAAGGUGUCCACCCGGGCCUCCAUGAGCAGACACAUGCGGCGCAAGCACCCUGAGGUCCUUGCUGUGCGGAUUGAUGAUCUGGACCACAUCCCUGAGACCACCACCAUUGAUGCCUCCUCCAUUGGCAUUGUCCAGCCUGCACUGGGCCUGGAGCAGGAGGGGCUGGCAGAAGGCAAGCAUGGGAAGGCUGCCAAGCGCAGCCACAAGAGAAAGCAGAAGCCGGAGGAGGAGGCAGGGGCUCCAGUGCCCGAGGACACCACCUUCAGCGAGUACCCUGAAAAGGAGCCAGAGUUCACAGGCAGUGUGGGUGAUGAGACAAAUUCUGCUGUGCAGAGUAUCCAACAGGUGGUGGUGACUCUAGGGGACCCCAGUGUGACUACUCCAUCAAGCUCUGUCGGCCUGACCAACAUCACCGUGACCCCCAUCACCACUGCAGCUGGGACUCAGUUUACCAAUCUACAGCCAGUGGCUGUUGGACACCUUACCAACCCUGAACGCCAGCUACAGCUGGAUAACUCCAUCCUGACUGUGACCUUUGACACUGUCAGUGGCUCCGCCAUGUUGCAUAACCGCCAGAAUGAUGUCCAGAUCCACCCACAGCCAGAAGCCUCAAACCCGCAGUCCGUGGCCCACUUCAUCAACCUCACUACACUGGUGAACUCCAUCACACCCCUGGGGAGCCAGCUCAGCGAGCAGCACCCGCUCACAUGGCGGGCUGUGCCCCAGACGGACGUGCUGCAGCCGCCACCACAAGCUCCUGCAGCCCCACAGCAGGCAGUGCAACCCCAGGUACAGAACGAACAGCAGCAGAUGUACAGCUACUGAUAAUGCGGCUGCAGAGCUGGCUGAGCUGCAGGGAGGGCUCUGAGGCCUUGAGGUUUAUUUGCUGGGUACCAAACAGGAAGAGUAUACACAUGGCAGGAUCACUGAGGUUGGGUUAGCAUUGCAAAGUUACCAACUUAGCUGGUGCCAUGGCCUUUGACAGGCAGGAGCUUAAGGCACUCCGUGGAGUGCCACCAUGUGCUUCCCCAAGGUGGUGCAGUCUGGCCAGACCACAGUGUCACCCUCAGAGGUCUGUAAUUGUCAUGGGGCUCAGGGACACAGAUAGCAGGUUCCUAGAAGCAGGUGUGAUAUCCCAAGAACCAGGGAGAUUUGAUCUGUUUUCUUUAGCACUCCAGUAAUGACACUGAAACAUGGCUAGCCUUCUCAGGCAGCACACAGAAGCAAACCCAGGUUUCUCCUUGCUCCUGGAUUCACAAGCAGGGAGACAGAAGUCAAGUAACUCUUCCUCUGAAGUCACAGUUUGUUUGUCACAGGGCUGUGGCCUGAGGCCUCGUAUGAGAAGUAUCAUGAACCUCAUGGGAGGCCCCUAGAUCAGGCGCAAAAGGCAUCUUGGGAACAUCCAUAGAUUGAUUUUAUGAACAGUUUGUUCAUUUUAUUUCAUAACCACGUUAUGUAUUAUGGCCCUCUUGUGGCCAAUAUUGAUUUAUUUUAAUAUGAUAAAGUCGUUUGCACUGUAGGGUGUUGGUCCCUGUCUUGUGCACAGGUGCCUUGCGUGAGGGCACACACAGUUGUGUGCAAAGUAAGCCCUCAUGCUCGAAUCCCAAUGCUCCUCCAGAGCCGUCUCAGGACUCUGCCAUCCAAACACAUGUAUUACGGUGCAGCUUAGCCACACCCCUGAGUGGAGAAUGGGGAGUGAACCCAUGUUUUCUUUCUGUGUAAGCCUUAAUUCCAAAGGUGGUUGUGUCUGAAGACCAAUUUCCUACGAAGUGGAGGAGUUCAGCUCUACAGGAGAGAAGUGUAGCUAGUGAUUUAAGGAAACCCAGAGAGGUGUGGGUGGGGUGAGAGCAGAAGUGGUCACCAUGACAGUGCAGGCAAGCUGGCCACACCCAGCUGGGGGGACAUGGCAGCACAUACUUGUGCCAUCCCAGUGGCAACAGGCCGGACUGCCAUCAUGGUGUCUACAGUCCCAGCACAGGGACACAAAGAGGCAAGGUGACAGGAGAGUCUUGCUGUGUGGUCUUGCUCUUCUCAUCAGUUUUUAAUGUCAUACAAAAGAAGAAGAACUUGAAGAUGAACUUGCCUUACUUUGUCCUUGGUCCCGUGUUUCCUGGAUGUAGCCAGAUGUGGGCAGCCACCCUGCAGAGACCCUGGCAGCUGACCAGCAGUGGACAAAGAAAGCUGCAGUCAGCCUGGUGUCAGACAAGGUGGCACUUUCUCAGCACCUCAUUCCAGAGAAAAGCUUUGAGAAGGGCCUGGAGCUUGUGCUACACAGCUGGAGUCUAAGGAAGAUGCACUCAGAUGGGUCCUGCUGGUCUGUGGGUUACCUGGCCCACACCCUCUACAUCCACACAGGCCAGUCUCACCUCUCAGUUGUUGGUGUGGUGGGAGAGCCUUGGACUUCUUAAUUUAUGACAGUUAUUUUAUGUUAUUUAUGUGUAUAAUUAACUGCUUUGUACACAGUACCCUUAUCAGAUGAACUUGGGCUAAAGGUGAACUGUUUUCUAAAAUAUUGCCUUCAUUCUCCAAAUAAAUUAACUAGUCCAGGAAACCAUGGAAGCAGUGGGCAAUCCGUAGUUCCUAUACUAUUUUUUUUAAAAAUUCAGUCACAAUUCCGUUUUGCCUUUACAGCCUCUCAAAGAUGAACGAGCUGAGCCCAAACAACCAUUGAGCUCAGUCAGACAUUUACUAGCAUUUGACUUUUAUUCUCUUCCCUAUGAAAUAAAAGCUUUUGAAAUCACAUUUUUAUUUUUUAAAGAUGUAUUUUGGUGCCUCCAGCCAGGCUGUCAAAUCCUGUUGAAAGACAGAGCUUAGGCUGUGUAGUCUCUCCUGCUGCCACUGUUUGCUUAAAUACACAGAGGCAUCUACUUCCUGCUGUUAUAAACAGGAACUCAGAUAAAACCAGCCUUUCUUCCCAAGUGUCUGUGACACAUGGUCUUACCAGAGUCAUUGAUGGAGGCAAGCAGGUCGUCCUAGCAUGGUUGCAGCUACUCUACAUAUAGAAACUGGAUCGUAAAUCAAAGACAUCUCCACACUCCAGCCGCCCUGCGUACAUAAAACAUUGUUCAUUGGUGGGAAGUGUUCUUUUUUUUUUUUUUUUUAACAGUCUAAGGUGAGCAGAUGCACAGCUGCGUGUCCAACAUGCCCUGUGACUGUCUUGGUUCACAUAAAUAAAUGUAUAAUGGGAAUUUGUUUACAUCUUGUGAAUGGUAAUGCUAUAGGGUCACAUGUCAUGACAGGAUGAAUCUCACAGUUGGAGCACAGGGCUUCACCCUCUAGGAUGACGUUAGUAAGUGAGAUGUUCUCAGGAAAAGGGUCUGUGCCAUGAAAACUCUGUGUCUGGCCCGGAAGCCCUCUGGAGAAUGCCCCAUCACGGAAGGCAGAUUUCCUCCUUCACACUGGUCUCGUUUGGUAUACAAAGGCAGAGGCAGUACCUGUGACCUCCAAAGGUUUUGAGGGUUGUGAAGAACAUUCUGCAACUCUGAGGGUGUUUCAUGUCACCUCUGUUUGUAUGACAGUGAAUAAAGGUGCUGUGACCUGUGUUUUUUAA